CCAUACUGCCAGUUUAUGAAGAUGCUGGAGAGCUCUUCAGUCCCUUUGUUCAUUGUCUUCAUCCUCGUUUUCAUUUUGCUGGUCAUUGUGUUGCUCAUCAGGAAAAAUGCCACUGCUGCCCUUGUCUGGAAUGAAAUAAUCCGGGAGAAAGUAACCAAUUUCAUCAUGAAUCAGAGCAAAGAGCAGAGGAUUUUAAAUUUUGUGCUGCAGAAUGCAGUCAGAGGAGACCCCAGUAGUGUGCUGGACACUAUAGAUAAAUACUGCUCCCAGAAAGAGUGGGCCAUGAACGUGGGCGAUGAGAAAGGUAAAAUUCUGGACAAGACAGUGGAAGAGGCCAAUCCAUCAGUUGCCCUGGAGCUGGGAACGUACUGUGGCUACUCAGCAGUGAGGAUUUCUCGGCUACUGAAGCCAGGAGCUCGUCUGCUCACUGUGGAGUUCAACCCAAAAUUUGCUGCUAUAGCUAAACAGAUGAUUGAGUUUGCUGGAGUACAAGAUAAGGUAAAACUCCUUGAAGGCCCUUCAGAGGAAAUUAUCCCCCAGCUGAAAAAAAAAUAUGAAGUGGAUACUCUGGAUUUUGUCUUCCUGGACCACUGGAAAGACAGAUACACACCAGACACCAUCCUGCUUCAGUGCACCCACAACGGGAAAGUAAGAUUCCUUACUGCGGUGGAACAAUGACGACACCAAGCUGCAGGAUGCUAAGUCCAGGAGCCCCCAUCUUAUCACAGCACUUGUGAAACUGUAUCCUCCAGCUGCAAGAACAGAUCCAGAGAUGAUUUUACAAAACACCUGGGGAUGCAUUUAAAACAUCUGAAAUAAGGAGGGCAGGUAAGCCGGAGAUGACCUUCCAAGCUCUGUUUGCAAACAUUUGCAUGUAAAUGAAACCUUACAGUGCUGUGAAUGGUACAGUCAGGAAUUCUCAUAUGGCAAACUCUGUUACUGGCAAUGAUUCAUCAGCCUUUCACUCAGAAAACCUGACCUCCAUUCUCUAAGACCUCACAGAACAUUCUGUGGAGAUUUAUUAAGUUUUGUCAGGCUUCAUGAAGACAUGGUGGUGAAUAUGGUGUGUUUAGGUGUGCCAGUCACUGAUCUCACAAACACAGAUGAGGCAGUCUUCAAGACAAUGAGUAUCUGGUGGUAACUGGCUGUUACCUUCAAUCCAUGGGUGACUCUUCAUUAUCAGGAUUUUCUUCCAUUCCACAGUACCAAAUGUAAAUUAUUUGGCACAUCCUCAAAGCAACAAUUUCUCAUGUCAACCAAACCUCAUACAUCGCUACAAUUUAGUUUUCUUUAGAAAAGAUUUAGAAAUGUGCAAUCUUUGUAAAGUUACGUAGAUUUUAUGACUUGAGAAAUGUUAGUAACUUUCCAAAUGGAAAAGCUAUCAGCAAGUUCUGUGCUCACAGACUUGCUGGCCCUUGAACAGUGAUGCAGAUAUCUUUUCCACAGAAAUAUGCUUGUAUAUUAAAAAAGAAAAAAACUCUAUGAUCUACAGUCCAGGGUUGUGCUAGAACUCCAGCAUAUGGCAAUGAGUCAAAAAUGUUCAGCUUUACUCAUUUAUAAGAUAUUUCAAUUGCCUCUCAUUACCACUGACCUUUUACUAACACAGAACAUUGACCUGAACUGGGGUUGAAUAAUCCCCUGCCACAGAAAACUGCUGCUGCAAAAGCCAAAGAAUAUUUGAGAUACCUGAUGUAACAAAAAGAUAACCAAUGGCACAUAUAUUCUUUCCAGGCAUGGUUUAUUGAAAACACACCAAACUGUUAUCCUACAUACCUGGUUUCUAACAAGCAUUCUACUUGUCUGCAUUAUGGAAAGAUCCUAUCAUAGUAAUAAUACAUUCUGUCACGGUAAUAUUUGUUCUAUGAAAAGCAUAAUCCACCUUUUUUCCCUCUCCAUACUUGUAAAAUCAAACCAUUCUAAGUGUUUCAGUUUAUAGUACAGUGUAAAUACAAUGCAAAAUCCCACCAGUCUAAUCUACAGAGAGAAUGUUGAGCAGUUAUUACAGAAAACACAUUGUUGAUUUUUUUAAAUUCUCCUACCAUGAAAAUUUUAAGGCACAUGAUAGUUACAAACACAUUAGCUACUAAUUACCAGUAAGCUUCUUAGUCUAGUUAUUUUGUUUUUUUCUGAACAGUAAGAACCAGAUUGGCAGGCCUUGUAGUAUCUGCACUAUCUUCCUCCUCACCUUGGACUUCAGAUCAUCCUAAUCUGAUGUCAAACUUAAAACAAAGGCUCAUAAUAUCUUCCCCUUAAAUGCACUAGGUUAGUUACUGUAUCAGUAAAUCAGAGAUUUUCUCUGUCAAAGAUAAGGAAACACCAGAUUUUAGGGGCAUCAUAAGGAAAUUUUGCAAGAAACUACACCUAUAUAAACACUUUCAAAAACUCCACCCCAACAGCACAAACCUGCUGGCUGAAGAUAUUGGCACACUGUAGGUUUCACUGAGCCAGCAGUCGCUCAGCAGAUGAGGCUAUAACCACUCCUAUGUGCCCAUUUGGCUUCUGAAGCUUUGCUUACUCGAGGGUUUGACAUGUGCACCUCCCUCACAGGUAGCUGAGCCUAUGCUCAACCUUAAGGCAGGUAACAGAAGGUAACUCACUACCUUCAGUCUCAUGGAACUGCUCUAGGAGUGACAACUGCUUUGCCUAGCAUAAGGCUUUCCUGCUGGAAAGCAUUACUGAAACUUCUCCUCAGAGCUGGCACACACUUAGGAAACUGCUGUAACAGACAUGCCACCCCUGGCUUUUGUCAUGUGUCCCUGACAGCAUGUCAGUUCCUAGUCCCCAGGGGCAUCUUGGCAACAGAGACCAGAUUUGCUUUCCUGAUAGAAGCACAUUGAGAACCAGAAGGUCUGAGCAUGUGAGAACACAUCUGGGAUAGGCAGCAGUUAUGCCAGAACAGAAGACACUGAAGACUGGGACCUAUGGCUGCCCAAGCUGUUCCCUAGGGAGCAUUUCAAGCUGACAACACACCUUGAGUUGUAUGUAUGGCUAUAUUGCUACUUAAAUCCACAACAGAACCAAAACGUCUUACAGCCUUGCCUUUUUGCUCUCCUCCUUGGAUUCUGCAGACCUGCUGACUGACCUGGGAAGCCGUAAAGCACAACUGCUCUCACACUUACUUGAUGCUUCUCCAGGGGAGUUGGCACACAGUGUUCUUUCAACUUGCACAGCUCAGUGAAAUCGCCUGGGAGAUAUGUGAGCCACCUUCCUGGGAAGAAGGUUCUACAGUAAUCACAUGCUGUCAGAAGUCUUCCUCUCCCCCAUGUUAUCUCAGCCCUGACUGGGCCAUCAAAUUUCCUCCUCCUCUUUAUCAGGAGUCUUGCAACACCCUCACUUCCUUCCACAACCAUCCCUCCCACUACAAUUUCUGCAGGUAGAAAUCUCUUCUAUCCCAGCCCCUUACAGGCAUAUUCCCUCCUAUUUUCACAGUGGAGUAAACAGUAAAAGAGGAGGUCACAUACCUGAGCCCUAAAGAGCACUGCCUGCCUUUUAGCAGGAGACUCUAGACCCUACUGCAGCAUUAGUCAACACACACUGCCGCUUUCCCUUCUUUACAUACAGUCCCUGCUGCCAAAAUACAACAAUGACGGGUUCAUACACCCACAUUCCAGAACAGCUCAAACAGCCAGUCACACUUGUGCCAGCAAGGGGAGAGGAGAGGGCAGGGGUGGGUACACAUCCCACCAGUGAGCCCCUGGCCAUAGACAAAAAGGACAUUAAAUCACCAGACCUGGUUCAAGGCACCCUGCUUUGGACCUCAGCAAGUGGGCUGAGAAUACAAGGUGAUAGUCUCAUGUGCAAAUCAUCCCUCAAUCUGUUUUCUUUCCUCAGUAUCCAAAUAACAGUUUGUUGAGAAGAAAAAACCCUACAGUAAUGUUGAGGAUGAGUUAUUGCUACAUACUUGGGAAUUAGUUGUCAAUGUAAGGCAUGGGAAGGGUAGGGGUUUGAAGUGUGAUUCCCAGUGGAAGCCUUGGCCCAUCAACUUCUUGACACACCAUCCUCUGAUUUUCUGCAGCAAUAAACCAUGUUGUCAGCUCACAACUCUGCUGGCUGCUGUAACACCCCCAGGAAAACAAAGAACAGUUUGCUACGAUGACCUGGGCAGCCAGUGCCAUCUAACUUGAUAGGGACAGUUCAGGGUGCAGUGUAAAUACAAAAAAAGACUUUUGGGAGAAGUGAGAUGGGGUCUGAAUCUGCUUCUCAAAUAUCCUUAGUGUUUUCAGCCCAUUAAUGACACAGAUGAAUGCAGACUCCAAACCCAGACUCUGAGUGUCCCUGUAGUGUCCCAGUAAGAGCCAUGGGAUAUCUAGGAAGUCAUGAUCAUAACUGGCCCCAGUCACUUCACUUGCCCCUUCCUGCGGUUUUCUCUGUUAACUUCUUGCUGGCUUUGAAAUAUCUGCACAAUAACUAAAUCACAAAGUCUUAGCAGAGACUCCUUUCAACAGUCAGGUCUUUAUUUUAAGUGAACUUUUUCUCAGACUCCUUUGGUAAAUAUAUGGUUUGAAGUAGAUCAGGGACAGACUGACAGCACGGCCCUUCUCUUACACUGUUCUAGUCAGCUACAAAGCAGGUUCCAUUGCUAAUUACUGAACGUUUUUAAAAAAAUCCUUUCAUAUACAAAAAGAAUACACCAAGUACAUAACCAAAAGUGAUAUAAAACUCUUCUGUGUAGCUUGGUUAAAAGGGUCUCCGCGUAUUGGCAGAACAAGUAUGAAAAGAGCACCAUUGAUAUAAUAUACAGUCAGACAAUGUAUCUGGUUUCAUUGCCACACCUUAUGUCUACACAGAGAGACAGUGCCCCGACACAGAUAGUCACAGGUGCCUCUCUUUGCUUCCCUUGAUCCGCUGAGCAUCUUUGGCCCAAUAGGACUCUCAUGCAGGUGAAAAAACAAAUCUUUGUUAUAUUGAUUUGCUCCAAGCAACUUCACCUUCCCCAGGAUCCAGAAGUGACACUGCAACGUAUGUGGAAGAUGAGGGUCAAAUAGGGAGGGUGCGAAGCAGCACACAUAUCAUCCAAAUCACUGACAGCUUCUGGCAUCAGUCUUUUUCCCUGAAUCAACAAAUGCUUCCCUCUCCUGCAAACUACUUUACAUGGUUUUGUUAACCUAUUCUCUGCACAACAAUAUAUAUAUAUAGAUAUAUAGACUUCUUUAUUUAUUUAUAUAUAUGUAUUCAUGUCAAAUUUUUAAUAUACUCAAGAAGAUACAAA